UGUGCGGAUGAAGGCUCGUACAGCGUCUCGAGCGACUCCUUCCGGCGAGGAGUUGGCGACUCUUCGCCUCGGAAGCCCGUCCUGAUGUCUUCGUGCUGCUUCUGCUGCAACACCCGUAACGGUUCCCUCGCUACUGGCAUCAGUUCGAUCGUGAUACGGGGCUUUACGAUACUGGGAUACGUGCUGAUGCUCACCGCCCCGCGAUACGAGGUAACGAAACUCCACAGGCAAGACGAGAAGCCACUCAUCAAUCCUCAUUACGUGGCGGUUGCAAUAAUCGUCGAGAGUUGCAUCGAGAUUUUAUUUUCGGUCGUUCUAAUCGUGGGAGUGAUAAAGGCCGAGCACCGGCUGCUUCUCCCGUGGAUGAUUUGGUGCCUCUUCAACAUCCUGUAUCUCUUCGUCAUCGCCGUGAUGCAGGUCCUGGCUGCUGUGUUUGCGUCGGUGUAUUUUCUGAAAUGCGUGCUUUCCUACUACCAGCUGUUACGCAUCAGCAGCAACGCCAAACUGAAGCACGAAGACGAGUCGAUGGAAAUUCCCCUUUCUGCGGAUGCGACUGCCAGAGAAGGCCCUGGGAGGUCCAACUCAGCGUGA